AUGGAUCGUCGGGUAGUGUUCUCCAUAUCACUACUAGUGCUUAUAUCCAUUUUCAUUGCGAUUCGUCUUGACUUUGGAAAUGUUCAUUAUGCCUUUCUUGGAUAUGAGGUUGAGAUCGAACAUCCUCGGCUAGCAAGCCGUUACAACUCGGAAGAAAUAAUGAGGACCACCAUUUUAGCUGAAAUAAAAUCGGACAACGCCCUAUACGCAAAAUACAUAGUCCCAUACAACAAACUGAACAUGUGUCAAACUAUUCCAGACACAAAGAACUGGACAUUUCAAUGUGCUGUGCAGUGCAAGGAAUUAAACCUGGCGGACAUCCCAACAACCAAAGUGGAUGUCAAUGCGUCUUGCUCCAAGUUGAAGGAAGGGGUAUCGUGGUCACUCGUUGCAAAUAGGACACUGUUCCACGUCCCAUUCAAAUCAAAAUGUCUGAAAAAAUUGAUCAGAGACUAUUGCUCAAAUAUGAACGCUGUACCAAGCAUUGUCCAUUAUGUAUGGUUUUCAAAAAAGGAAAUGAACUUUUAUCAUUUUCUAAGUUUCAUAAGUGCUUUAAGAUAUAUAAAACCUUGCCUACUUCUGGUCCAUGGAGAUGAACCUUUCGGAUUGUACUGGAAAUAUAUAGUGGUCAUCGCAAAUAAUGUCAUUCAUGUUAAAAUGAAUCCUCCAUCGACAAUACAUAAUAAAACCAUAGGUCCCAUACAGCAUAAAUCGGAUGUGGCCAGACUUCUCAUCUUGCAAGAAUAUGGAGGGAUAUACCUAGAUACAGAUGAAAUCAUUUUACGACCUUUUGAUAAUCUUAUGAAUUUCACCUUUACGCUCAGUCACGAACUGGACGACAAUCUAGGAAAUGCGCUUAUACUUUCAUCGCCAAAUGCAACCUUUAUUUCACAUUGGCUAAACGGGUAUAAAACAUACAACAGUGCUCAGUGGGGUUACCAUUCUACCUUUUUACCAUGUGAACUUUCUAAAAAAUAUCCACAUUUAUUGCACGUGGAGGGUAAAACAUUUAUUCGACCAAAUUACAAUCAGCUGCCUCUUAUAUACCAAGGAAACUUUAACUGGUCGCGGAAUUAUGGCAUACAUUUAUACAUACGAGUCCGCAAAGAAAUAUUUACAUUUAGUGACGUCAGACGAUUGAAUACAACCAUGGGCUCGGUUGCUCGACAUGUUUUAUAUGGCACAAAAGAGCUUUGUUAUGAUGACUAGGUUGAACAGUGCUACGGUCAAUAUAUAUACCACAUGUGUGCUCAGAUAUAUAAAACAUAACGUUCAUUUAUGGAAGGGAGCAUUAUUAUACACUAUCUUUAUUAUUGAAACCUAAUUCAUUUAAAAUACACGUUUGACAAAGUAUCAUUGAAUUUUAAAGCUGAUAU